GCGCGGGAGAGCCGAACCGGCGCCGGAACAGCCCGCGGGGCUGAACGACUUCCGCGCAGGAACCUCGUCCUCGGUUCCCGACACAACCGUCCUGAUCUUUAACUGCGGGGAGCGAAGCUCCUCCUCACGGAGGAUCCAGGCUAGAGCAGGUUUUCAUAAACUUGAGCUUCUUGUAGGUUGUGCCAAGAGUGGACCUCAUCUGGUAAAACCCUUCCAGAAAGUCCCUUGACCGAUGUUGUUUUCGGAGUAUUUGCUUCCUGUCAGAUCCCAGUUCCUGAGUGCAAAAUACUUGAUGGUCCAUCUGAUGGGAGAGAAGCUUGAGGUGGUGCUGGUUUGGCUGAUUUCUCAGGAGAAGGGAUCAACACUCCAACAUUUCAACAGCUGAAAAGGGUUGUCUAGGAUGGACUUAGAGCUUCUGAAGAGGCUGCGUCAGGCCAACCAGGACCUUCUACAAAGGCUCACAGCAAAGCAGGAGGAGAUCAGGAAAAGAGUUCCCAGCAAGCCACUCCUUCCAGCAUCUGUUCUUCACCACAGAGCUGCUGAGGGAUCUGUCCCCUGGCCCAGGAGAGGGAAGGAGAAUCAGGUGGAUGCUGUGAAGGCCACAGCUGACCCUGGAGUGGUGGUGUCUGUGGAACCCAGAGCACACACAGCCAGAGCAGCCCUCAGUUCACCUCUUAAACACAGCAGCAGGGACAGAGAGGUACAGCAACAACAAGCAAAGGCACAGGAAGCAGCAGGUUUGGACUCCAGCUAUCCUGGGAAAGAGAAGAGUGUUAUUCCAGUGUCUGCAAUCAUUCCAUGUGGCAGAGAAGCCUCCAGAGUGGAUGGGGAUGGCCAUGCUCGAGGAAGUCCAGAGAAGGAAUCCUUCCUCCUGGGACUUGGAGAGAGCAGAAAACAGUCUGCUCUGCUCCGUGGUUUCCAUGAGAAGAAUCAUCCAGGCCCAUCAGUGAGCAGAGUGCAAAAUGAAGAGCCCAGUGAGCAGCACAUGGUCAGCACAGAGCCCACGAUGCCUAAAUCAGUCCUGGUGACGUCCCGGGCCAAAGAGUUGAAGAAAGCUCAUCAUGUGACUUUCCAGCCUGACCCUGAAGAAGAUGCCACACCAGUGGGCAGCUGGUCUGCCCGUCCUUUCCUGGGCUAUGACUGGAUUGCAGGGCUCCUUGAUACAAAGUCUUCAGUAACAGAAAAACCUGAGCAAUACUUUGCUGAGCUGCAGCAGUUCCGACAGGCCAACAGAGAAGCUUGUAUUGAUGAGCAGGACCUGGAGCCCAAGGCUCUGGAUUGCACAGUUCCUGAACAAGAACCAGAUUUGAUAACCAGUUCCCAUAACUGUUUUUACUGUUACCGGUUAAACCAGCGCCUGUUCACUGUCCCUGUGGAUCCAGAAUCUGCCUGCCCUGUGUGUAGGAUCCCACGUGCCCACCAGCCCCCAGGGACACUGGAAGAGCCAGCCCAUGUCAGGGUCAGCAUUCCCAGGAAUACCCUUUUGCCUGCCCACAAGUACAAAGCCCAUCGCAGGAGGAGCUUUGAGCCAGCAGAUGAUCUGGCCUUACCCUCGCACUGCCUGGCUGGCUGGGAAAACAUUGCCCCUCCAAGCAAGCCCAGGCUCAGCAGUUUGGAUCUGCGAGCUUCCCUGGAAGAGAGGCCUUCUCCCCAUCCUCACCUGGACUCGCUGCCCAGAGUGUCAAGAGGAACUGAGGAGCCCCCCUUGGCACGUCCCAGGUCCAGCAGUGCCUCCCCUCGGAGGAAGCAGAGCAGGAGGGGACACCGGAGAGCAGCUCCCAGGUUAAACCAGGCUGCUGGUUUAACCUCAACACUGUGAACCACGGACUCAAUUGCCCAGGAGAAGGGGAGGGCACAGCACGUGGAAACAA